AUGGACCCGCCGCCCUCUGAGCAGCGGCUGCAGCUUGGAUUUCAGCCGCUCGUGGCCUGCCCCAGCAGCCGGAGCCCCGGGGCCUGCAGGGGUGGAGAGCUCCGCCCGCCGAGGGCUGACCACCUCCCCGUCUUCACUGGCGGCUGCCCAGGCCUACAGCCCGAGCCCCGGGCCCCGCCUCCUGGCGCCUGCGCCUCUUGGGCUGCCUCCUGGUUGUCCCCCGCGUCAGGGCCCCCAGACCCACUGCACAGACCCAGCAGCCCAGCCCCGCUGCUCCCCAAUGCAGAGGAAGCUGCCCGGUGGAAAACUCAGCGAGGCCGCAACCCGAUCACAGCACUCCACCCUCAGCAGCCGCCAGAUCCUCGGCCAGAUCCAGUUACCGCUUCUCUGAUUCCUGGGGCCAGGAGCCCGGCAAGGCCCCCCAACUCAGGCAGCCUGGAGCUGGAGUCCCAUACCGUCCCCCUCGGCCACUCCUCGGCUGCAGCCUGCAGCCCUGGGCCCAACACCUCCCCCAGGGCUCCGGAGGAGCCCGGGAUGCCCAAUUGGCAUGAAGGUCUCAGUAGCACGGACUGGCACUGCCAGGGUGUUCAUGGGCAUCCCGUGCCCAGUGGGAGGAAGCCCAGCUGCCAGGCGCUAACCAGGCCCCUGGAGGGCAACCAGGGAAAGGACUCCCAGUUCCGCAUAUCUAGACUGCUGGCCUUGGAUGCUGCGCCCCGCCUGGGCUCCUGCCCAGCAUGCUGCGUGCUGCCAUGGCGACUGGCGCGUGUACCAAGCUGGAUGCCCGAGCAACACUGCUGCUGGUGGCGGGAGCUGGCACGGGCCCCACGCCAGCGAGUCUCUGGGAAUUACUCCACACAGAGGAAACCCCCAAGACCCCGCCCUGCUUUCCUGCCCCCUCGGCCCCAGGGCGAGGCCAGGGCUUUCCUGCUGGCCCAGGCACUGCUGGCCCGGCCCCAAGGCCCUGAUUCCCCUGCUCCCAGGCCCAGCCGGGUCCCACCUGGCGGCCCACCUGGGCAUAGCACCGGGCCCGCCUCGGAGCCGGGCGCCAUCUCCCGGCCCAGGCCGUCAAGCUCGCUGCCCCUGGGGCGUGGCCCGGUGCCCAGCCGGUGCCCCACCCGGGGAGGUGCGUGCCGAGUCCCUAGGGGCCAGGGUGCCGCGCCUGCCGCACCCCACCGAGGCGGAGGAGAUGGGGGUGCGAUGUGGGGGAAGGGGCCCCGGUGCCGGGUCCGAAAGCAGCUAACAGAGGGAGCGCAGAAGGGCUGCGGGUGGCAGGGCCGCCAUGUGGCCGGCCCUGCUCGCAUCCCCGGAGACCGGGCAGAUCCGGACAGCGGCGGACCCUCGCUCCCCGGCCCGCGCCCAGCCAACGGCGGGGUGGGCGGGGCCGAGCGUAGCCACGCCCGUCCCUCGCCGGACCCGCCCCCGGAGCGCCGCGAGCCUUUCCUGGGAAGCCGGGCAGAGAUUGUGGCUGCAGCUCACUUAGGGGCCGGCGGCGGGCGGGGACGGGGCUGCCCGGGCCGCGGCUUCCCGGGCGGCGGGCGGGGCUCCGGCGGCGCCGAAAUCGCCAAAUAUGGCCGCACCGCGCCGCGCGUGCCACCGCCCGCCGCCGCACACCUGCGGCCGCACCUUGUCGUUCCCACCUCCCCGCCCCCCCCGCCGGUGACACACCGCGGAAGAGGAAAAGUGGCUACCCCUUCGGGCACGCCAGACAAAGGAGUGCUGGGGGAGCUGGAGUUGGAGGAGAGACAGGUGCCCCCCAGCCAGAGGCCCGAGUGGAAUCGUGGAGCCGUGAUUGUGCCCACGGGCGCGAGUGGCCGCGAGUAUGGAUGGGUUUUACGGAGGCCCGGCCCGGGGUUCUCCCAUAGGUGGGGCACACACCUGACGAACAGCAGCCCUACCCCUGAAAAGCCUGGGGAGUCGGGGACCCAGCUAGUCCUGGGGGCACGGGUGGCCACAGACAAGGCCAUGGUGUCUGGGGCACUGCAGUCCCCAGGUGAGCUGGGCAGCUGCUUUACCUUCUGGGCCCAUGGUCCUCAUCCACAGACGGCCACCAGCUCACCUUGCAGGGCUCUAGGGGAGGCUGGCCCCGCCCCCCACGGUCAGACACCUGCCCGGGUCAAGCUGAGCGCCCCGGAGACCUUGUGCGAGUCCCUGGCCUCACUCGGCCCGGCCCCACCGCCACCACUCUCGGCCCGGUGCUCUUCCCCACGCCUCCUCUGA